AUGUUUGUGGCUCGACUCUCCACCGAGGAUAACAAUCGGGAGUCCAAAAAGGCCAAGAGGGGAGCUUUACCUGUGCUGGGAUUCUCGAACGAAGAUAAGAUCGGAACCAUCCAACCCAACGACGAUAUUCUAGUAGUUACACUCAGGAUUGGGGGAUUUGAUGUGAAGAGAGUACUGGUAGAUCAAGGCAGUGCUGUGGAAGUAAUGUACCUCGACCUGUACAGGGGGCUGAAUUUAAAACCCGAAGACUUGAUGGCGUACGAUUCCCCUUUGGUAAGUUUCGAGGGGAAGACUGUUACUCCAAGGGGCCAGAUCAGAUUGCCCAUACAGACCAGUUCGGACGUGGUGGAGGUGGAUUUCAUCGUAGUCGAUGCCUAUUCACCCUACACAGCUAUUGUGGCUAGACCUUGGCUUCAUGCCCUAGGGGCUAUCUCUUCUACGCUACACUAG